CAUUCUGUGUCACGCAGCCACAAUGUGCACAUAGGCCCACAGAGAGACUAGCAGACCCCGGCAUCAUGGGUGAGGACCGAGACGCCGGGUAACCGAGUGAUGACUAAAUGCUGGUGCAAAUGAUCCAUUCCCAGAGAUGACCAAAGGAGUCUGCGGAGGACUUCUCCCCGCUGGGUAACACCCCGUCCCAAGAUCCUUUUUUUUUUUUUUUUUUGUUGGUGAAUCCAGAGCUCCACCUCUGCCGAAGUUGGUCAUGAGUCGGGGAAGUCCUCCUGAACAUCUCUUCAGCUGAGCGGGAGCGCGCGGAGCGGACGGACACGCGCUUGGCGACGGCCGCCGCGGCAUGAGCUGCUAGAGAGAGAAAGCACAGCUCUAUAGACACAAGGCACCUUCUUUUCACACGGCAACACCUCUAGGAACCGCCAGCAGACUGAACACACGACACCACCAGGACUUUACUCCCACUGCAGUGAUGAUGAUGAUGGUCCUUCCGAAGUCGCGCUCGGGGGCGCGCUGGCUCGCCGUGUCCGUCGUCGUGCUGGCGGCGGUGCUUCGACGGAGCGCAGCUUUCAACCUGGACGCCGAGAGCCCGGUGCUGUACAGCGGCCCCCCGGGCAGCUACUUCGGCUACUCGGUGGACUUCUACAGGACGAACCCGUCCAGUGUCAGCAUACUGAUUGGUGCUCCCAAAGCAAACACCACUCAACCAAAUAUCACCGAGGGUGGGUCUGUGUAUUAUUGUCCCUGGAGUCUGAACCAGCCAUACUGCAGUGCCAUCAUCUUUGACCUUGAAGGAGAUCGCACAGCUGAAAUCAACGACACAGCCUUCCAAAUGGACUUCAAGUCUCGCCAGUGGUUUGGAGCCACAGUACGAGCUCAUGGAAACACCAUACUGGCUUGCGCCCCUCUGUACUACUGGAGAACUUUUAAUGAUGCUCCUCACUCCGAUGCAACGGGAACCUGCUACCUCUCAACAAAUAACUUCUCUCGCAUUGUGGAGUACGCCCCAUGCCGCUCAGAAAGAGGUGAUCGUGAAGGCCAGGGUUACUGUCAAGGAGGAUUUAGUGCUGAUUUCACUAAGAGUGGUAAGGUUGUUCUUGGAGGGCCUGGCAGCUUCUACUGGCAAGGUCAGGUCAUUUCAGCAACAACAGAGGAAAUUGUCAACGCCUACUAUCCUGGUUAUUUCCGGUCAUCUGUGAUGGGUCAGAUCCAGACCAAGCAAGCUCAAAGCGGUUAUGAUGACAGCUAUUUGGGCUAUUCUGUAACAGUUGGGGAGUUCACAGGUGAUGAUGUGGAAGAUUUUGUGGCAGGCAUCCCAAAAGCAAAGUCACUCUUUGGCAUGGUGUCUGUUUUAAAUGGAAGUGAUCUGCGGACCGUUGUAAACCUCACUGGUGAACAGAUGGGUUCCUAUUUCGGGUAUACUGUGGCUGUCACCGACAUUAACCAUGAUGGACAAGAUGACCUACUGGUUGGUGCCCCCAUGUUCAUGGUUCGAGGCUCAGGUGGUCGGCUAGAGGAGAUGGGCCGUGUCUACAUCUAUCUGCAGUGGAAACCCCUGGAGCUGGAACGUAACACUUCUCACCUGACAGGGACACAAGUGUUUGGACGGUUUGGAAGUUCCAUUGCUCCACUUGGGGAUCUCAACCAAGAUGGAUUUAAUGAUGUUGCAGUCAGCUCUCCUUUUGGCGGUGAAGACGAGCAGGGAUUGGUGUUCAUCUACAACGGACAUGCAGAUGGACUUAGAGAUAUGCCCUCUCAGGUUUUAGUUGGCCAGUGGGCUUCAAGCACCAUGCCCGCCAGCUUCGGCAGCGCUAUCCGUGGAAAUGCAGACCUCGACAUGAAUGGCUACCCAGAUCUCAUCGUUGGCGCUUUCGGAGUUGACAGUGCAGUGCUAUACAGGGCCCGGCCCAUCGUCCAUGCCAGGGCCACCCUGACCGUGUACCCCAGCAUGAUCAACCCAGAGGAGAAGAACUGCCUGCUGACCAACGGGAAUGAGUCCACCUUUGUAUCCUGCGUCAACCUAAGCUAUUGCCUCGCUGCCAGCGGAAAGCACGUACCAGAAAAACUAGUGUUCUUGGUGGAGGUGCAGCUGGACCGGCUGAAACAGAAAGGGGCUGUGAGGAGGGCGCUCUUCAUCGACACACGCCAGCCUGUCAUGCAAAUGAACAUGACCUUGUCAAAAGAGCACCCACAGUGUUACAAAACACAGAUCUACCUGCGGGAUGAGAAGGAAUUUCGCGAUAAACUGUCCUCCAUCUACGUGGGCCUAAACUUCAGCCUGGACCCACAUGCCGCUGCAGAUGCUCAUGGCCUUCGGCCCAUCCUCAACUACCAGACUGCAGACCUCAUUGAGCAGAAGGCACAGAUCCUUCUCGACUGUGGAGAAGACAACAUCUGCGUUCCUGAUCUCAAACUGGCUGUUCAUGGAGACAAGAAGGAAAUAUUCUUGGGGGACGAGAACUCGGUGAUGCUGAUGUUCAAUGCCAGAAAUGAGGGUGAAGGCGGGGCUUAUGAGGCGGAGCUCUAUGUUGUCCUGCCCCCUGAAGCUGAUUACAGUGGAAUUGCUCGCAACAAUGAGAGCUUUACACAGCUGACCUGCAGCUAUGAGACGGAGAACCAGACCCGCUACCUGAGCUGCGACCUGGGAAACCCCAUGAAGUCUGGCACCAGUCUGUGGGCAGGCCUGCGCUUCACUGUGCCUCGCUUGAAGGACACACGCAAAAUGGUGCAGUUUGACCUGCAGAUUCGUAGUAAAAAUGAAAAUAACUCCCAGAGUGAAGUUGUCCCUUACAAGCUGGAUGUGGUUGUCCAGGCAGAUGUCAUCUUACAGGGGGUGUCUCGUCCAGACAAAGUGUUCUUCCCACCAUCUAACUGGAAGGUGACUAAGAAGCUGCAAGUGGAAGAGGACAUUGGGCCUUCAGUCCAGCAUGUGUAUGAGCUGGUGAACAAUGGACCAAGCAGGAUCAGCCAGACUCUGCUGGAGGUUCACUGUCCUAUGAAGGUCCAGGGUCACAGACUUGUGUAUCCCCUGGAGGUGACCACCCAGGGCCCAGUGAACUGCACCACAAAUGGCAUCAUCAACCCCCUGGAGCUGAAGCUCCAGCAGGCACCUACAGAGCCAACCCCCAUUAUCACCCCAAGUCCUGGCCACCAUGUGGAGAGAAGGGAGACCCACAGGGACCUACUGUCAGAGCUGAGCAAUGUGUCCUGCUCCAACGUGGAGUGCUGGAAGCUAAGCUGUAAUGUCGGCCUUCUGGAGAGGGGCACCAGCGCUAUCCUCAAGGUGCGCUCCCGCAUCUGGGCUGAGACCUUCAUCAAGAGGACCUACAAGCAUUACGUGCUGGAAUGCUCUGCCAAAUACACUGUGCAGAAGAUGCCCUAUAUCAUCCUGCCCAGAGAGGUGCUCAGUGGAGCCAAAAAGAUGGUGACGCCCGUGGUGUGGAGCAAACCGGACAGUCAGUAUGCUGUACCCUUGUGGAUCAUCAUACUGGCUGUACUGGUUGGGCUGCUGCUACUAGCACUUCUCAUCUAUGUGCUUUACAAACUGGGCUUCUUCAAGCGAUCCUUACCUUAUGGCACGGCCAUGGAGAAGGCCCAGCUUAAACCCCAGGCUACUUCUGAGGCCUAGUGUAGCAGGAGAGGCCUUGCUUUGAAUCAUACCUUCUUGAGAAUUUGGAAAACCAAAGAAUUUGGCCACAAGAUUGCAAAAGGAAACUCAACAACUGUGUAAGAAGCACAGAUUGCAGCUGAAGAUUUAGGAGAAAAGACCACUGGAACUCCACUGAACUGCACUAUCGAGAAAAGAUCUCAAACCAAAUGAAUGUUUUUUUUAAUUUUUUUUCCUCUUCAAUUUUCUGGUUUUAAUUUUUGAUUAGUGGUGUUUUUCUGAAUGCCACAGACUUUUGUUUUAAUACAGCUAGCUCAUCUUCAGGGCCUGCAGAGGGUGUUCUUCAAUUCUGUCAACCAGGCCCCUGGGCUCUCAUGUACGGAAAGGGGUGGCCAUAGGUGGAAUCUCUCUGAAAUCUCUUAACUGCUUGUUUCAGCUUUGCACUUCUUAAAUCUUUUCUUUGCUCCCUUUUCCUCUGGAAAGAGGCAAUUUGUUGUUCUGUUUCACCUCAAGAUUGCUGUUGGUGCUAUUAUUAUGUGCAGCAUGUAUUCACUGCUCACAACUGCUUAUAGCUGCUCGUUUCCACUCGUGGUGCAUGAGAGUAGGUGUAUCUUGCCUUGUUCUGGAGAGUCCAGGUGAGAAAUGGCACAGAUGAAGCCAAAGACCUGGACGGAUCAGGCUUUAAAAAGGUCAGGGCUGAGGGGCUUUUUGGCUUCUCCUUUAAUUAAAGAUGUUAUUUUUCUGGGCUCUUGGCCCUGUUUUACAAGAAUCCGUUUCUGUGUCUGGGCUGCUUUGUUUACAUACUGAACAGGGUCUAGCACAGGACUAUCUUAUCGAGGUGCCUUUUAAAUGAUUUUUUUCUUAAUUUCAACCACAAUGGACUGAGCAGUACACUUUUUUCCUGUUUCUCAUGGCUGAGUAAAGGUCAUUGGGGCUUGUGUUCAAGAAGACUUAACUGUUCAACAGAGUGAAAACCACACAUGUAUUAGUUACAGUGAGACGUAAGGUAUUUCAGAGGUUUCCAGAAUUUUGUUGGCUGUAAAACCAUUUCUGACAUUUCAGAAUAGGUUGUGUUUCAGGGGCUUGGCCAAGAAAGAGACACUAACUUAGUUUAGUGCUCAACGGCAACUAAAAAAAUCUACUGAUCAGGAACGGACAACAAGAGGCAGAAGGCAGAAAGUCAGCUAGAAGAUCCUCCUACAACUGCCUACUCUUGUCACAUUGCUGAUACUUCUGUUUCUCUCGUUCUUCUGAAUAUAGAUGUUUUUUUUAAAAAAAAGUCACCUGGGACAUGACUGGAGCAACAAUGGAUUCUGCAGCCUUUAUGGAGCCUUUAAUAAGAGGGUGCAACUUUUUUUUUUUUUUUUUUUUUAAAUUUUUUUAAAAAAAAGGGGGGGGGGGGGGGGGUUUGCUCAGAUGGAUCUAUAGCCAGCAUGUAGACAAAGCAUCACGGGUCGGGUCAGCCGUAUUGACCUGAUGCUCCAAUGUGCUCUGAGAAAUCAGCCUGUGGAACGUCUAAGGGCCAAAAUACCUUGCAAAUGGACUUAAAAUGUCAAUGAUGAGAAUGGUGACGAAUGGUCAAUGGUGGGAAACCUGCAAAUCUGCAGGAGUACCAGACUGUGCUGAUGCAUUUUUAUCUGUGGCUGUGAGACAAAGCAAAUGUGUGGCACCCAGAGAUAUGAGCAGGAAAGCCUUUCAGACAAUUCAUUGUAUGCAGGUCAAUUUAAAUUCAGUGUAACGGUUGUUGAUGUUGCCAAUAAUUCAUUUUAUGACAGAGAGCAGUGAAAUGAUGUUAUGUUUUAUAAAUAUGUAGUGGGGUCGGGAAGGGUGGUCACUGGAUCAGGGCUUUCAGAAAUAAUGCAUACACACUACCAGAAUCAAGAAUCUGAGUCAUUCUCUGGGAUCUGAUUUCUGCUGAAUCCAGGGACUGAAAUGUAAAAUGUGCCUUAGUGUUUUUUUUUUUUUUAUUUUUUAUUUUUUUUAAAAAAAAAACAUGCUUUGUGUGUGAGAGCGAGAGAGAAAAAACCCCCUCCUCCACAACAACAAGUAGACUAUUUGUAUGCGUUCGCAACACCUUCGUGAUGUGCUAGGGAAUUUUCAUCCACAACACAACCCCUGGGCAUGGCUAAGACCCAUAGUGGACUUACUUGAAUGCAAAGGGAGCCCAUUUGGAGGAUGCGCUUGCAAGCUGCAGGUAAAAAGAAAGCAGUCGGAUAUUGAGAAUGUUUUAAAUUGUUUGCUCUACGUGCAAUAUUAUUAUAUUCCUUCACUUUCACAUCCCACAUUGGCUUGGAGAUGUCAAAAAGGCUGACCCACGUGUGUGUGUGUGUGUGUGUGUGUGUGUGUUCGUUCGUAUGUGGUCCUCAUUCACAGUCCUCGUGGGCAUGUGUCAUGUGGGUGUUUUAUUGCAGCCGUGCUUAGCAAGACCUUAUGUUUAACCAACUAGCCACCUGCUGUGGUUUGAAAAGCAAAAAGCUGAUGGACAUGUUCUCACAAGGAGUGAGCGUGAGGACUGCUGUUACACAAAGUCACCAAAGUGAAUAUAGACCUUUGUGCGCUGUACUGCUCUGCCACUUGGCUUCCAGGGACAAAUGGUCCCUUCGUUAACCUUUUUUCUGGAGGCACGUGGUGCCACGGGCAGGCAAACAGUCGCUUCAAUACAUUUUUGGGGUUGUUAAUGGACAGCAGCAGACAUUAGCUGAUUUCUUAAUCAAUUCUGAGUUUAAAUUAAAAUUUUUUAGUACUAUUUUUGGGAUGAGAUCUAUUUAUAUUGCUGCAGGUCAUUUGGUUGAAUGAGAGCACUGGGUCUGUCUUUUUUUCAAAUGUUUUGUCUCUGAAGCAUUGUAAAGGUGUAAAUAUAUAUUGACCGAGGAAAAUGUUUGCAAAUUCGUUCGUCUCCCCAUAUUGCGGGAAAUGUUUUAAAAUGGAAAAUGUGUGUUUUAUUUCACGGUUUGAAUUUCAAUAAAGUUCUCAAAUUUUCAAA